UUUUCUUUAUUUCUUACACAACCAAAGCUUCAUCAUCGCCUUUGUUAAUGUGUCUGUAAUAGAAUCGGCUGGUCGGACUUCAUCAUCAGUUCGUUCUUAUUUAUUUCUCCAGUCAAAACCCUUAAAUUUGGAAUCGAUGAGAUUUUGAAGGCUUGGCCAUUCUGAUUGAGAUUUCUUUCCCUUUGAGUACUUUAAUUUAUUUAUCUUCAUUCUCUUCAAAUACUUUGUAAUGGCUGAGACGACGCCAAAGAAAUCAGUCAAUUUACUCCCCAAAUCUAACAAUUCCCCUAAUCUCAAACCAAAAUCCUCUCCUUUAGCCAAAAUCCCUGCAUUUCCUCAAACACCCAACACCCAAACGCCCACCCGCCGCUCUUCUCGCCUCAUCUCACUGUCCCCUCUACAAAACUCAGCAACUAAAGAAUCUCGUCCGCUUCCUUCUCGCCGUGGUUCCUCCCGUACAUCUCUUGAUUUCGGUUCUAACAGUAUUCCCAGAAAACCAGUAGAUUCAGAGUCAUUGCCGCCUCCUUCUCUACUUGAUUCUUCCAUUGAUUUCAGUUCUGUCAGUACCCCCCAAAAACCAAUUGAUCAAACCCCAACGAAAAAUGCAAGAGAGUCUAAGAGGAAAGUGCGAGCUUGUGAUGUUCUAUCACCAGUCUCUCCCGAGAGAUCGGAUGUUAAGAAGAGGAAGGUGGGUGUUGGGGAACAACUUUCUGCAAGGCAAGUCAAGGCGACUAGGAAUGUGAAAUCUGAGAAGAAGAAGAAGGUUGAGAAGAAAUUGAAGAAGAAGGUGUUUUAUAGGAAAGUGAUGUAUGAUGGAGGUACAUUUUCUAUUGGGGACGAUGUAUAUGUGAAGAGGAAAGAAGCAUCGAUCUUAGAUGAGGAAGAUCUGGAGAUUGAGGAAUGUAAAGUGUGUUUCCAAGCGGGGGAGGGUGUGAUGAUAGAAUGUGACGAUUGCCUUGGAGGGUUUCACUUAAAAUGCUUGAAACCUCCACUUAAGGAAGUUCCGGAAGGGGAUUGGAUCUGUACAUUCUGUGAUGGGAAGAAAUCAGGGAAAGAGGUUCAAUGGCCUGAACCACCUCCUGGGAAGAAAAGGUCAAGAACUGCAAGGGAGAAGCUUCUAUCUAGUGACUUAUGGGCAGCCCGGAUUGAAAGUUUGUGGAAAGAAGUAGAUGGCACAUACUGGUUUCGUGGACGAUGGUACAUAAUUCCUGAAGAAACAGCGGCAGGAAGACAGCCACACAACCUAAAAAGGGAGCUUUAUAGGACAAAUGAUUUUGUAGAUGUUGAGAUGGAAUGUGUCAUCAGACAUUGUGAUGUCAUGAUUCCAAGAGAAUUUGCUAAAGCAGACAAUGAAGGGGAUGAUGUUUUCCUGUGUGAGUAUGAAUAUGACAUACAAUGGCACAAUUUCAAGCGUCUGGCAGAGAUUGAUAAUGUUGAAGAGGAUGCUGAGGAAACUGUAAAAGAUGAAGAUUGGGUUCCUUCCAAAGCUGUUGAGUCUGACACAGAUGACGAUGUGGACUACGAAGAUGAAAACAGGAACGGUUUCUUCUCUCCAUCAACUUCUAGUCAGAAAGUGGCUGCGAAUUCAAAGAAAGGAAGAAUCUUUGGACUUCAAAAGAUAGGAAUGAAGAAAAUUCCUGAACAUUUGAGAUGUCACAAGCAAACAGAACUAGAAAAAGCGAAAGCUACACUUCUCUUAGCAACUUUGCCCAAGUGUCCGCCUUGCAGGACCAAGGAAAUGGACGAGAUAACUUCAUUUGUAAAAGGUGCCAUCUGCAAUGAUCAAUGCCUUGGACGUUGUCUGUACAUUCAUGGCGUACCUGGAACUGGCAAGACAAUGAGUGUACUCUCUGUGAUGAGAAGUUUAAAAACAGAAGUAGAUGCAGGUAAAAUCAAACCGUACUGUUUUGUUGAAGUCAAUGGUCUGAAAUUAGCAUCAGCGGAGACAAUAUAUAAGGUUAUUUAUGAGGCAUUAACUGGACACAGGGUUAAUUGGAAGAAAGCCCUCCAAUGUCUAACUGAGCAAUUUUCCAACGGAAGUAACACCAAGAAAAGGGAUGACCAUCGACCCUGUGUUUUACUUAUUGAUGAGCUUGAUCUGCUUGUGACAAGAAAUCAAUCGGUUAUGUACAACAUUCUUGAUUGGCCUACUAAGCCAAACUCAAAAUUGGUUAUAAUAGGAAUCGCAAACACUAUGGAUCUUCCUGAAAAGUUGCUUCCUCGCAUUUCAAGUCGAAUGGGUUUACAAAGACUUUGCUUUGGUCCCUAUAACCAUCAGCAACUACAAGAAAUCAUAUCAGAGCGACUUAAAGGAAUUGAUGUAUUUGAGAAACAAGCAAUUGAGUUUGCUUCCAGAAAGGUUGCAGCCAUUUCAGGAGAUGCCCGGCGUGCACUAGAGAUAUGCAGACGUGCAGCAGAACUUACUGAUUAUCGUGUUAAAAAAUCAAAUACGCUUCCUAAUGAUGAUGCCUCUACAGGAAAAGUUCUUGUUGGUAUGGGAGAUGUUAAUGCAGCAAUACAGGAGAUGUUCCAGGCGCCUCACAUUCAAGUAAUGAGAAGUUGUUCCAGACUGAGUAAGAUCUUUUUGGUUGCUAUUGUACAUGAGCUUUAUAAAACAGGAAUGGGGGAAACCAACUUUGAAAAGUUGGCAAAGACUGUUUCAGAGAUUUGUGCCAGUAACAGAGAAGACUUCCCUGGAUGGGAUACACUUCUUAGAAUUGGUUGUAAGCUUGGAGAAUGCAGAAUUAUUUUAUGUGAAGCAGGCGUUAAACACAGAUUGCAGAAACUGCAACUGAAUUUUCCAAGUGAUGAUGUUGCUUUUGCAUUAAAGGACAGUAGUGAGCUACCUUGGCUGACCAAGUAUUUGUGACUAAGCAAUAUCAGGAUGAGGAUGUUGUAUGAUCGUGAAAAGUUGCAAGUACAAGUCUGUGUUUGAAGUUGCAACAUGUUAUUUCUGUAACUUGAAAUAUUUAACUAUAGAGACAAAUUUAUUGUCAUUUCUGUUCGUAUCACAAAACAGUUAUAAUAGAAGUUAGGCAAAAUUAUCUGAUAUCUAUUGGUUAUUUAGAUAUUUUGACUGUAUUUGAAGGAUUUGUGGAUCAUGUUAUUAAAUAUUUAUUUAAUGACAUUCAAUU